AUCAGUUGACAAGAUGAGUGUUAAAAUAACGGGAAGAAAAGUAGUAUUCCGAGUUCCCAAAGGACCAAGUCAAGAAGAAGUCGAAUCCGAUGAAAUAAUUCCUGAGCAAAUAAUCGAUGAAACUCAACCAGAAGAGAUCAACAUACCCAAGAAGAUUAUUGAAUUAAUCAUUGAAGAUCAAAAACCAAUGGAUGAAACUCAAGUUAAAUCGCUUCUCGAGAUUCAAAAAACUGAAAAUGUCCAAGAGAUUAGUAUUACAUCUAAAGGUCGUGAAAAGACUUUUGCUCAAUUGGAAUCAGAACAAAUUGAAGUUGAAAAGAAACCUGAACAAGAGUUUAUCGAUAUUGACGAUACCAUCGAAAUGGUAACUAAGAAUAUAACUGGACGUAAGAUCUUAUUUAGAGUUCCAAGAAGAUCAAGUCAACAAGAGAUCGAAACUUUAGAAUUGGAAGAAAAAGUCGACGAAAAAGUACAAAGAAAAGAUUCGAUUACUGUUCAAUCUGAUGAAACAGUUCUGAUCAAGAAACGAAUUCCUGGAGAAAUUGUUACUUUUAAUGUACCAGAGAUUCCGAUAAGAAAGAAAUCGAUUCCAGAUGAGCAAUCAAUCGAAAUUGACAAAUCAGUACAUGUGACUAAUGUUAGAAUUACCGGAAGAAAAGUCGUAUUCAGAGUUCCUAAAAGACCAAGUCAAGAAAUCGUGGAAACAGAUGAAAUUAUCCCUGAAAAAAUAAUCGAUGAAACUCAAUUGGAAGAGAUCAUUAUACCAACAAAAACAAUUCAAUUGAUUACUGAAGAUCAAAAACCAAUCGAUGAAACUGAUAAGAAAUCGGUUCUUGAGAUUGAACAAUAUGAUGAAAAUGUCCAAGAGAUUAGUAUUACCUCUAAAGGUCGAGAAAAGACUUCAACUCAACUUGAAUCAGAACGGAUCGAAGUUGAAAAAUUACCAGAACACGAAUUCCUAGAAGUUGAAGACUCUAAUGAAAGAGUUGAUAUCAAAGUUACUGGAAGAAAAGUUGUAUUUAGAGUUCCACGUAAAUCGAGUCAACCAGAGAUCGAAACAUUCGAGUUAAGCCCUGAAAAGGCUCUUAUCCCUGAGAUUAGCUCUGAUGAAAUCAAAAGAGAGACAUCCGAUGAAUUAGAUAUUGAUAAAAAAGAUAUUGAUCAGAAGACGGAAGCAACUGAAGAAAAUGUCAAGCCUAUUCAAGAGAUAAGAAUAAAGACCAAAGGCUCGAAGAAAACAAAAACUAAAUUAGAAUCUACUGAAUUAGAGAUGGAAAAAGAUCAAUUCAAGUUUGUCGAUAUCACUGAAGAUAUUGAUGAAAAGGAACUCGAAGUACAAGCGACAAUCGAACUGAAGAAACCAAAGGAUAAAGAUCAGCCUUUUAGUUCAGAAAUUGAGAUGGAGAAAACAUCAGAACUCAAGAUCUGUCACAAGAUGUAA